AUGAGUUGUAUGAAUUAUGCGCAGCGUCUGUCGAAAAAUGAAAACAAAGGGCCGUUGGGGGAAAAGGAAUAUUUUGAAGAUUCUGAGGAAGAAAAAAGGAAAAUUAAAAAACUGAUAGAAAAAAUAAAAACCAGUGAGCACAUCGUCGUUCAUGCUGGUGCCGGCAUAUCCACCAGCUCGGGGCUACAAGAUUUUAGGGGCCCCACUGGAAUAUGGACAAACGAGUUCCUGAGAGACGCGAGUCACAGGAGGAAGAGGCAGUUCGAGAAGCGAUGCAAGAGGGGGGAGGACGUGAGCGAGGUUAAGGAGGAAGCAAAGUCCAAGAAGGAGACCCAGGAUGUAAGCACCCCUCAUGCAAAUGAUAGCCCAAAUACGAAGACGAAGAAGAUACGAAAAAGCUUACAAGUAAAAUGCGAACUGUCGGAUGACCCCGGCCAACACAGCUCCGUUAACAGAACGCAGGAAUGUGCAUUCAAUUUUGUCAAAAUAGAAAGACCUGAAAGCGUGUAUGAAGGUGACACGGUUGAAUCCCACGCAGGGAGAGCGGACAAUUGCCCAGAGUAUAACGCCAGGGACACAAAAUUAGCCCAAGAACAGAAUCAAAGUUACGCAGGCUUUCAAGGAAAGGAAUAUUUAAAUGGUUACAACCGGGAAGCAUAUGCCCAGGUAGACACAAGGUCGAUCCAUACUAAGGGGGAUAAUCAUUCUGUGAAUGAAAAGGAGACAAGUAAAAAUUCCGACAUGACACUCGUGAGAAGCACAAUGAUAAAGGAAGAACAAGGAGGGGAAGAAAGCGUCCAUGUGUGUGUAAAAAAAGAAAAUGCAGGUGCUACAUAUGAGCGAGACUCCACAAGCUUCUACCCAAGCGGUAGCAAUAAAGAUGGAGAUAAACCUGGUGGGGAGGAGGCAGAUGGAGAUGCUAGGGAGGCAACACAAAAUCCCCUUUCAAACGAACACUACGUCAUAUUUGGAAAGAGAAAAAAAAAAGUCAUGGACCUGCACCUUGCCCUGCCAACCAAAACGCACAUCAUGAUAAAGGAGCUAAUGAACAGGAAUAUUAUAAAAUUUUUGAUCACGCAAAAUAUAGAUUCACUACACUAUAGGUGUGGCACUAAAUUUUCGAAAAUGUCAGAAAUACAUGGAAAUAUAUUCAUUGAAAGGUGCGAUUUUUGUGGUAGAAGAUAUUUGAGAGAUUUUGUUAUAUCAACGAUUAGCUUUCAACCCACCGGAGCCUUGUGCUUUUUGUGUUCCUUCCCCCCGAUAGGUGUAUGCACAGAUGUUGUGUUAGACUGGAAUAAUGCAUACGAAGAUUUCUUCCACUUAAAGUCGAUUAGACAUUCUCAGAUGGCUGAUUUUCACUUCUGUCUGGGGUCCAGUUUUUACAUUGUCCCUGCUAGCUAUUAUCCAUCCAAAAAAAAAUUUGCAAAUGAAAAAUCCUUCAGCUGCUUAAUUAAUUAUCAGAAGUCUUCCCUCUCUAAGGAAGUGGAUUUAAGUUUGCAUUCUAAUGUGAAUAACAUUUCCGGUAUAAUCAUUAAAGAAUUUUCUCUCGAACCUCUAUGCAUUAGAAGCGCAUUGAUUAUCGUCGUCAGGUGUCAAGUAAUCCACUUUGAUUUAAUGUUUGACAAAUUGAUCACAUUGAAUAAUGUCGUACAAAAUGACGACUGUGUAGGUGUACCCAAGGGAGAAACCUCUAGCGACCUGUCAUUACGGAUUGUCAAAACGGAUGAGCAGGAUUCCGCGGAGGGUGAGGCGUGUAAUAGGCAAAAAACGCACCUCGAUAAGGAGAAAAAUUACUCAUCAUAUGAUGGAGUUAAGCAAUUAAAGGAGGAUAGAAACCCGUCCACACAUUUCUACACACAUGGAAAUUAUUCUGAUGGUGGUGGACAAAACACCCAUAGUGACAAAAACCCAUUUAAGCAACAACUCUUUCUAAUCAAAUGCUCGAUGAUUAAAAAUGUAAGCAACAACGAACCAGUUGAUGAGGCGCACAAAUUAGGAGUAGCAUGCAUAGAUAAAACCAAAGGCAUUUGGCUAGUGAGGACAAAUUUUUCCUGCAUAUUAGAAAUCGAAUUAUGGUACAACUCCUUCGUUUUGCUAAAAUUAAAUUAUGAUGAAAACUGCCCGUGCGUGGAGCUAAAUGCAUGGAGUGUGAACGUGGCCUAUACCUAUGGUGACGACAUUGAUGACGUGGACUAUGUGAACAGAGGUGCUUCUAAGGGUAAAAAUUUCGAUUUGCAAAAAAAUAAGUAUGUGGAUAGAACAACUCACCGCAUGAGAAGUACCGAAAAUGGUGCAAACAUAAAAGAAAAAUUGAGCAGCGAUGCUGACCAGGGGGAGGGCAGCUUCUCAAACAAGCAUCCCAACCAUAAUGAAUGUCAUGAUGCACGGCAGCCGUUGCCCAUUUCAGAAAUAUUGCCAGAACAUGUAUAUGUGGGUUACAACCCAAACAAUAUCAAACCGCACUCUGGGGUUGAACAGCUAGCCAUUUUGGCCAAUGCAAGUAAGCUCUCCAAGCAUAGCAGCUACGCGCGCUUCGAGCUUCCCAACGCGCUUAAAUUGCUAUACAAUUUGUUCUGCCUCGUAAACAAGUCGGACAGGGCAAGCGACAUAGAAAAAGUGAAGCAGGAUGAACACGUGAAAAAGGAAGAAACACCCAGUAGAGACACAAUGGCGACGUUCGUAAAAAACCUCCAUUCACCAGAAAAUGUCAAUUUAUACACAACCGAUUUUGUAAAAACCUUUACAAAGAAGGAGAACAUGACGUACAAGAGCCAUUACACCUUCAGGGAGAGGAAAAAGAAAGACUUAAGUGACUUUAAUUUGUGCUCCUCUUCUGAUGAAAACAAGGAAAAAAAAAUGUUCGUUUUUUAUAACCUAUAUAUGAACGAAAGCAAUGAUGUAUAUAAUGUUGCAGUUGGCAGGGAUAUAAUGAGUAAACACUUUUUAGAUUCUUCUCUACAUAAUAGUGGCUCUCCAGAAAGUAGCUCACAAGGGCACGUUGGCGAUUCCCCAAGAAGGAAAGAAACGCAUGAAGCGAACCAAUGCAAUGACAACAAUUCUGCAAGAAGCACCAGCAAAAUUGAAAGUGAUCCUUUAUACGAGAUUCACCAUGUAAAAAUGGCACCCUCACAAAAUGGGAAAAAUUGUGAUGAAUACGAAAACGUGGAUGAGGACAGCUAUCGCCAAGACAGAUUCUCACUCAGUCAAGGGAGUGAACCCAUCUUGACUAUUAACCAGAAAGAAAAGUUGGAAAUGCCUCCGGCGGAGAAGGUUACGAAUAAUUAUAACACUGCUGUGAAGGAACAGUCAAGCAACGAUUCGAAUACAAAUGGCUUUAAAGAGGGAGACACGAAAUCAGAUAGAGACAGCGCUGGUCACUUACAAGAAGAGGAAAUUCACGCAAGCACCACAAAAAAAAAGCCAAAUCAUUUUAACCACCGUUCUUCGGAAUUAUUGUUCUACCCAGUUCUGCUUAUAAAUAACAAACACCAACUUGGGGAAUUGGUGUCCAAAAUACCCAAGUAUAUAAAACCCGAGAAGAAGUACACUCCUUACAAGAAGCUCAGCAGGGAUAAAGAAAACUCCAAUACUCUUCAGAGAUGUAGAAGUGAAAUUUGGAAAGGAAAAUACAACGAGAUGGUUUGCGAUAUGGAGAAAGAGCACGCUAUCGAUUUUGUUCUCUUUCGGGAGGUCUGCUACUUCCCUCUGUGGCUUUUGAAUUAUGUAAACGACUUGUUCGAAUGCUUGUGA